AUGACAGCUUCGCCGGUAGCAUGCUCAAUAUCUCAGAGAAAGGUGUUUUACUCUACGGCUGGCCGACUCGGCCGGAAAAACGAUGGCAAGACCGGAGGCCGGACGGCGUCUCAACACACGGUCGAGGAAGAACCCCGUCUGACUCACGUCUCGGCAUCGGGGACGGCACACAUGGUUCCCGUGGGCGAGAAAGCCGUGACGUCGCGGACGGCAGAGGCGGCCUGUACGGUACGGUUCUCAAGUCCUGUUGCAGUGGCCCUGGUUCGAGCCAACGACAUGGCCAAGGGUGAUGUGCUCGGCGUGGCACGGAUCGCUGGCAUCAUGGCGGCUAAGCGGACGGCUGACCUUAUUCCGUUGUGCCACCCACUAGCUCUAUCGCAAGUUGCAGUCGACCUGGCCGUUUCUGGGGCCCAUAAUAACAACGACGACUACAACGACAACAACGACAACAACGAUGACGACUACGGGCAUGUGGAUAUACGCACUACCGUGCGGUGUGAAGGCAAGACGGGUGUGGAGAUGGAGGCUCUGACGGCCGCAUCGGUGGCGGCCCUGACAGUAUUCGAUAUGUGCAAGGCGGUGGACAAGGGCAUGCGCAUCGACGGCCUGCGCGUGGUGUUCAAAGAUGGCGGGAAAAGUGGCCGUUGGGAGGAGAAGGGUGCCCCAGAGACAAAAGAACGGUGA